AUGGACAACCGGUUACAGCUAGUACCUGGUGGGAUGAAGCCUCUUUCUUUCGUCAGCCAGUUUGCCGUGGAUGAACCCGAACAAGGUGUCGUCGAGACGCGGGUCGGGAAUCGACAGAACCCCGUCGGGAGCCAGGUGAGGGAGCUCCAGGUAACAGGGACGGCAGAGGUUAGCUCCCCGGCAGAUAGAGCAUCGGUGCGGCUCAGUGUGGGCAACAGCAAGGCGACUGUCAAUGAGGUCACCAGUAGCGUGUCAAGGCGACUGGAAUACAUUUUACAAGCCGUCAGACAACAUGGAGUCCGAGAAGACGACCUCACUGUGAGAAAAUUCCUUCACCGGGAUGAAGAAUUGUAUCAUAUGAAUGCAGAGGUGACUGUCACCUUCUCUGACUUUGAAAAGAUGGAGAAUGCGUGCAGCAUCCUGCUGGAGAAACUGGACAAAAGUGUAUUGGUGGGCCAGCCUAAAUUUUUCCACAGUGCCGAAUGUCUGAACCAAGUCAGGCAGAGUGCGUGCGUGUCGGCAGUGGAGAACGCCCAUCAGAAGGCCAGCAGAGUCAGCCAGCUGCUGGGGCAAACCCUGGGAGCGCCCACCCUGGUGCGAGAGGAUGAGACUCGGGAGUGGAAGAGCCACAAUGAUGAUGAUGAUGAUGAAGAGGAUGGCAGAAGAAGGCUGGGUCAAGACACUGCCUCCGCCCAGGCUGUCCCGCUUCCUCGCAUACCUAGCGUCACCGCCUCCUCGCGGGUGUCCGUCUACUUUCGAAUACGUGAUGGAAAUAGGAAGAAAUUCUAA